AUGAAGGAAGAACAUUCUCCACGGCGUAGUAAUCAUACUAAUCCCCAUGCAUACACCAUCACCGAAAACAACUUGACCGAGGUAAUCAGUCGAUUAUCGAGUUUUCUUCUGAAUUUCCCGGUUUGCAGCUUCUUCCGGGACAGCUCUACUUCGGAUGUUUCCCUCACAGCGAUGCAAGCAUCGACAAGAAUGACAAGAUCGCCAAGAAGACGAUAUUCAUUCCUAUCCAUAACAAGUUUCACUAUGAGCCAUUUUACGAGGACUUCGGCCCCUGGAACUUGUCAGUCCUCUACAGGUUCUGUGUACAAAUUGAUGAGCUUUUGGAGGUACGUUCUCAAACGAUGGUAAUAAUCAGAUUAAAAUAAUGAUUGCAGAUAGAAGAGAAAAGGGGCCGAAGGGUUGUGCUCUUCUGCCAAGAAGACGAGAGCGGUCAGUAUGAGAAAAUCCGCGUCAACACCGCCUAUGUCCUCGGAGCCUAUUUGGUAGCAGAAGCAGACACUGUACGCCUCCAACCCUUUCAUUUUUUCAGAUAAUUUAUCAAGGAUUCUCUGCAGACGACGCUUAUCUCAAAGUCUCUUCUGGGGGCGGCAUCAAGUUCGUCGGCUUCCGAGAUGCUUCCAUGGGCAAUCCACAGUACUUGCUCCACCUGCACGACGUCCUUCGCGGCAUCGAAAAGGCGCUCAAAUUCGGCUGGCUCGACUUCCAAGACUUUGACUACGAAGAGUACGAAUACUACGAGCGAGUCGAGAACGGAGACUUCAACUGGAUCAUUCCGGGAAAAGUUCUGAGCUUCUGUGGACCGCACAAUGAGAGCCGAGAAGAGAAUGGCCGUCCGUACCACUCUCCGGAAGUAUAUUUCAAUUACUUUCGGGAAAAUGGAGUUUCCACAAUCGUCAGGCUCAACGCCAAGAACUACGACGCCUCAAAAUUCACCCGUGCUGGCUUCGAACACGUGGAUCUGUUCUUCUUGGAUGGAAGCACUCCGUCCGAUGAGAUAAUGAUCAAAUUCAUCAGUCUCGUUGAUAACGCAAAAGGAGGAGUCGCCGUGCACUGCAAAGCAGGACUCGGACGGACUGGAACUCUGAUCGCAUGUUGGAUGAUGAAGGAGUUCGGAUUGACUGCUGCCGAAUGCAUGGGAUGGAUGAGAGUGUGCCGGCCCGGAUCUGUCAUCGGACCGCAGCAAAUGUUUUUGGUGGAGAAGCAGAAGAUGUGCUGGUCACUUUCCACGUCAAACAGGGUGCAUCUCUCGCCGAAAAAGGAGGAGAAACGGAGCGUCCGCAGACUUGUCAAUCAGGUCGACGACAUAUGCAUUGGCGAGGAGAGGGCAGUCGUUCCGAGGAGCAGAGAGAGCACUCGGCCGAAUAUAUUGAGGAGAAGAGUUCAGGUUCAGAACACGAAAACUUCUGCCGGAACUCCUGCGGCUUCCUCUUCUCGUGCUCAAAUCGACGAGACCGCUCUUGACGCUCAAGGAAGAUCACAAGGAGAUCGUCUCCUGGCUCUAAAGGCCAAGCAUCAGCAGGAGCAUCCUAUCGAGCUGCCCACAAGUUCUUCGAGCCGACGACACGUCAGAAGCUCGCCCCCUCAGAUCACGGUGCCGAGUCAGGCGUAUCUCAAUCGGAACAGAGAGCCAGCGACUCCGAAAGUCACGUCUUCCGCGUCUUCCGGAAGCCGUCAAUUGAGAACGACUCCAAACGGAGGUGUUGCGUACCGGACGAGAACAACAUCGGGAAGUGCGGCGGGAGCACUCAGCAGAACGGUAUGUACUUUCAGAUUUAGGGAUGUUUAAAGGAUAUCGAGGCACCGUAGACUAAGACAAGUUUCAGGGCAACGAGAGCUACAGAUUCCACAACUCGUUGCUUUAUGAGGUAUCCCGCUGUUUUGUGUGUCCUCAGUUCACAUUUUCCUUACCCUAAAGGCUUUCAUCUUAACCGGCCCAAUCAUUCCGGGUCCUUUCAGUUCUCAUUCCUUCUUUUUCAGCCCGCCUCCGCAAUUUUCCCGUCGAUGGCGUCUCGAAGAAGCGAAGCGACGAGAUAUCUGUCGCCGACAACGCCUAUAAAGCCGAUGUCGCCGGCGAUGUAUCCGGACUCUGACGGGUACAAGACGAGACUGCGAGGCCCGCAGGCAACUUCUCUCCAGCCACAGGUGAGCAUUAGGGGUAGAACAUUAAAAGUAAAUUAACUCUGAGCAGAAGUAAUCUCUCAUUUUCUUUUUCUUCAUUCUCUCGCAUGAUCCUCCACCUGCAUGCUCCAGAAUCCCUUUCUCAAUAUUUCGUGACGUGGCAGUGACUGUGUUGUAUCGUUGCAGUUCGGACUAGUUCGCGUGUCGCCCGACUCUCCGGCGCUCGUCAACUACGCGCCUUCUGCUCAUCAUCAUCGUGCUCCACUCUCGCCACGCAACCACUCGUCCGUACAACAGCCGUUCCACACUCAGAGGAAGGCUCGAGACAUCACCAAUACCACCACCAUACAGACCGCUCCGUCGGUUUAUCAGACAAGGAGCAGUGUGCGCAAGCGCAAAUGAUCUUCUCUCUUUUUCUGACUGUCGUUUCGUGCCGCCCCUUCUCAUUCUGUACAUAUUUUCACUGUACACACGAGCCAGCCUCUCAAGAUCUGCUGACCUCAAAAACUCAAAAUUUCCCACAAAUCUCGAAAUCUCCUACUAAACGCUCUUUUCACGAAUGCCUCUUUUAGUUUUCGUCGUGUGUGCUCAAUUUUCUCAAUUUUCUUUGCUCCCAAUACUUCUUGUUGUUCAUUUCACUCAUUCCGAAAAUCUUUAUAUUCUGCAUCUAACAGUUUACAAUUUAGUACAACCAUCUUCUAUCAAAUAAAGAAUGUGAAUCCAGAUUUCGAAAUGCACGCUGACCGCCGAAAGCCGGCCGCCUCGCCGCAUUCUCUCCACGCCCUCCUCGUCCAAGUCGACGUCGUCGCUCAGGAAGAUUCAGGUUUCCCGGCCCCGCCCGUAUCCUUCCUCUGGUGUCCGCGUCGAGCUUUGCGCCAACGGUCGGAGCUACGAUAUCCGGCCGCGCAGGGAGCAUCCGGUCAUUCCGGGAGCCAGCCUCUCGCCCAACACGGAUGCCCUUAUAGGAGUAAGUGAACAGAAAGGCAACUGCGCUCUAAUGCAAACUUUUUAGAAGCGGAAAACGAUGGUUCAGUCCCCUUGA